GCCGCCCUCUCACCCCAGCUGGCCAAGCACCAGAGGCACAUCUUGGCCGCGGGGGUGGACGGAGCGGAGGGCUCGGCGUUCUGCCGGUUGUGCCUGGCGCUCUAGGUGUCGGCGGACCCGGGCCUGGAGAGUCCCUGAGAGCAGCGGGAGCCGAGCGGAGGCGGAGGAGAUGGCGUCCCAGCCGCCUCCUCCACCUAAACCUUGGGAGACCCGCCGAAUUCCCGGGGCCGGGCCGGGCCCGGGACCCGGCCCCACUUUCCAAUCUGCUGAUUUGGGUCCUACGUUAUUGACAAGGCCUGGACAACCAACACUUACCAGAGUGCCCCCACCUAUCCUUCCAAGGCCAUCACAGCAGACAGGAAGUAGCAGUAUGAACACUUUCAGACCUGCGUACAAUUCAUUUUCUUCUGGAUAUGGUGCCUAUGGAAAUUCAUUUUAUGGAAGCUAUAGCCCUUAUAGUUAUGGAUAUAAUGGGUUGGGUUAUAACCGCAUCCGUAUAGAUGAUCUUCCACCCAGUAGGUUUGUGCAGCAAGCUGAAGAAAGCAGCAGAGGUGCAUUUCAGUCCAUUGAAAGCAUUGUGCAUGCGUUUGCUUCUGUCAGUAUGAUGAUGGAUGCCACCUUUUCCGCUGUCUAUAACAGCUUCAGGGCUGUAUUAGAUGUAGCAAAUCACUUUUCUCGGUUAAAAAUACACUUUACAAAGGUUUUUUCAGCUUUUGCAUUAGUUAGGACUAUAAGAUUUCUUUACAGACGGUUACAGUGGAUGAUGGGUUUAAGAAGAGGCUCUGAAAAUGAGGACUUGUGGGCAGAAAGUGAAGGAACUGUGGCAUGUCUUGGUGCUGAAGACCGCGCAGCUAACUCAGCAAAGUCCUGGCCAAUAUUCUUGUUCUUUGCUGUUGUACUUGGUGGCCCCUACCUCAUCUGGAAACUGCUGUCUACACACAGUGAUGAAGUAACAGACAACAUCAACUGGGCAAGUGGCGAGGAUGACCAUGUAGUUGCUAGAGCAGAAUAUGAUUUUGCUGCUGUGUCCGAAGAAGAAAUAUCUUUCCGUGCUGGUGAUAUGCUAAACUUAGCUCUCAAAGAACAACAGCCUAAAGUGCGUGGUUGGCUUCUGGCUAGUCUUGAUGGUCAAACAACAGGACUUAUACCUGCGAAUUACGUCAAAAUUCUUGGUAAACGAAGAGGGAGAAAAACGGUGGAAUCGAGUAAAAUUUAACAACCCAACACUAGGUAACGGAGCCAUCGCUGCUGAUUCUUUGGAUGAACAAGAGGCUGCCUUUGAAUCUGUUUUUGUCGAAACUAGUAAGGUUCCAGUUACACCCGAUUCCACUGGGAAAAGUGGAGAUAAACAAGAUCUUUGAUAUUUUUCAUGUUUGCCUGCAGUUGAACAACAUUUUAGAAUACUUUUUAAAAUUAUUUCUUACAAAGAAAUUAAUAUACAGUCUAAUGAAAACAUUUGUUGCGGGCUACUCCAGGUGUUUUGCUGCUAGAAAUGAUUAAAGUUAUACACUAGUAUGUUGGUCUAGUGACCUGGUUACAUUUUACAAGUAAUUGGACCAUGAGGACACUUGUUCACAUAGACUUAAAGAUUAUGGAGAUUGCUAAUGUUUUCGUCUUAUUUAAAUUCCUAGGUUUAUUGGAAGAGUAAGACUGAUGAACUGUAAAGUGCACAGUUUACUGCAGGAGGGAUCAUUAAUGCUUUUUAAAGUUUUAGGUUAACUGACUUGGAAUUCCUCAGAAAUUGGGAAAUAAUAUAUAAGAUGAGAACAGGCAAAAAGGCCAAUUUUUUUUACAACUUUAAGUAAACUGAAUAAUAAACACUUUUUCUGGUCUGUAUAAUGUACAGUGUUGGGUUUACUUUAGGCAGUAAUAUGUUUUCACCUACAAACAACUGAUACUAUUACCUUUUAUUUUACUUUUAAAAAGUGAAAGGUCACUAGAAGUAUGAUAAGGGAGUUGGUUCUAGAGUAGUUAGCCCCAAUCAUUCUCCCUACUAGUAAAAAGUUUGACAUUUAUCUUUCUUAUAAACAUUUCCAUUUCUUCUGAGGAUCAUAGAACUUUACCCCCUUAUGGUAUGAUUAUUUUUCAUCCCAGAUAAGUUAAAAUAUAUAAAAGAUUUACUUUCAUUUUUCUCCAGCUAGGGCUCAAGUCCUAUGAGUUUGCACUUAAUGAUACAAUCAGUUCAAGCAGUAAUGAUUUUUAUGUUUCCAUAGAUUCUCUGCUUCUACCUAGUGUAAAUGCUUUUCAAAAUUCCAUAUUCAGAAUGUUCUUUAAACACUGAAAAUGUGUCAUGUUGGAUAUAUAUUUGAUUUAGGUUUGAUUUUUACUACUGAUACUAUAAAUAAAAUGCUCAAUUGCCAGUUAGAAUAUGAUAAUGCUAUUUGAUUUGGGUUUUUUUGUUUGAUAAUUAUUUUUAAUGCAGCUAAUUUUCAAUACACUGAAUAUUUCCCCACAAAACUGAAAAUUUUAUAUACUUGCUAUGAUCAUACUACAGAUACUGUCAGGGAUACAGGUGUACAAGAAUGCAUUUACAGAUACGGUUGGAAACUUUGAAUUAAUUGAUAAAGAGUGAUUUAGUAUUUUUGUCUUUCUUCUUAUAGACUUUAUGUUCACCAAAUGAGUAAUUCUAGAACAGUUCAGACUAAAACAUACAGGAACCAAAUAUAUAUCCACCAUAGAAGAAUUUUGCUAGAGACUUCUCAGGAAGCACUUUCUUGAAAUGACAGUGUAAUAAUUAAAAUACAAUUUAAAAUAGAAACCUUGGCCCUAUGUUAAAAAACUAAAUACUUGUAAAAUUUAUUUAUUGUAGGCCUAUUUUUCUGACACCCAGGUGUUAGCCUUCAAGUUGAGGAGAUUGUUUCUUGUAUAUUAUUUUCCGUUUGUGUUCUACAAUUAAAAGUUCAGCUUUGAUUUGUGAGAGAAUAAUUUAUUGUAGUUUUAUUCUUGAAAUAAAUUUUUGAAUAGAUAGAUUAUUAAAUUUGAUGUUAAAACAUCUAAAUUGAAUGCUAGAAGUAAAGCAUACGUGAAAUGUUGAGUCAACUCUGGUAAGGUUAGAAAAGGUUAAGUCAGUAGGAUAGAAUUUAUUUCUAUUAAAGCUGUAUAGGGAGAAGAAUAAAGCACAGAAAAAAUGAGUUUAACUUUUAAGGUGUUUAUCGUUGAGUAAGUAUGCUAAAUUGCAAAAUGUAUUAUCUGGCAACUAUUUGUGUCUGAAAAUUCCUUUUCUGUUAAAAUUAUAGAAAAGAGAUUUAGGACUGCAAUAAGCAGUGAAAUGUUUAAUUUCUUUUAUCAUGACAAUUUUAGAAUAACUUUUUUUAGAUGAGAUUAAAUGUUAUGUUCAAGGCUCCAAUAUUAAUUUUAGAAACUUAUUUAAGGAGUGCUACUUUACAGAAAUAACUAACUGAAAUAAAAACAUUUUUAGUUAAAUAACAAGGCAUAAGUUGCAGAAAGAAAGCAAGUUUAAGUUUUCUGAUUGUAUUUUAUUCAGAAAGGAAAAGUUAAGAAGACUAAAUUUUCAUGUUUUAACAUUUUAUUUAGGUACUUGAUUUAGUCUGUCAGUGUGUCAUAAUUAUAUACUUAUUUGAAUACCACUAUCAGAACAGAAAUUAAAUGCACUUCAGAUUCUAUUUUUAAUAGAUUGUGAAGUUUCUUUUAUUGAUUAAAUAAAAAUAUAUUAAACUUCA